AUGGAAGUUCGUACUAUCAAUGACAUCUACAGAGACAAGGAGUUUGGCGAUUUUUGGGUGGCAGCAAGGAUUGUAUUCAUUGAUGAUCCAGAGUGGUACUAUGCUUCGUGUAGAACAAAGGGUUGCAACAAAAAACUGAAACUCAAAGGAAAGUGGCUAUGGUGUAGUACAUGUGACAGAAAUUGGGGUGACGGGACACUCAGGUACAGAAUUAAGGUUAGGGUUGUGGACUUGGAUGGCAAUGCUCCUUUCCUUCUAUGGGACAGGGAGUGCCUCGAUCUACUUGGAAUUAGCGCGGAUGAUCUGAAGGAUACCCAUACUAAGGGACGGAAGGGUCUACCUAAGGAGCUCGAGACUCUAAUUGGACUGAAUCUCCUAUUUCGAAUUGCCGUUCGCAAAGAACAGUUCCAGAAUUAUCUCAAUGCUUUCCCUGUUAUGAGGAUCAUCACUGAUGAAAAGAUUGUAGAAAAGCAUUGCCCAGAACUAAUAGGAGUAAGGGACAGGGAUCUCAGUUCAAAGUUGGAGUUGGAGCUUACAGAUGAGGACCUAUGGGAUCUAGAGGAAGCAGACCAAGCAAAUGAAGCUGAAAGUCCACUCCAAGUUGUUGCACAGAGACUCAAUGCAGAGAAUAGUGUUGAGAAUGGAACAAUGUAUGGUAAAAGAGUUCAAGAGAUGGCUGACAUGGCAGAACAAAAUGAAGAAGAUGGCAGAGAUAUCACUAAAAAUGGAAAGUGA